UUGUACCUGUACGGUAGAUUUAAUAAAUCUUGUUUUCAGAAAAAAGACGCACUUCUCGGUUUUCGGCAUUGGCUAAUUAUUUUACUCGUAAUUGGACUGACAUAUGGUUUCAUUGUUUUCCAAGAUAACCGUAUGCCAAAUGUUGUUGAGAAAGAAAACUUGGAAAAAUUUUCUGAAGCGCGUGCUAGAGAUUUUUUGACUCAAGUAACUCGUUUGGGUCCCCGUCCCAGUGGAUCUAAUGCUUGUGAAGUUGGUGCUGUUGAGUUGAUCACUGAUCGUCUGAAAAAGGCGGAAGCGGAAGUGAAGUCUCGCGGAAGAAACCGAUUUGAAUUUGACUUUCAGUAUCCUUCUGGGUGUUAUGACCUCAAAUUUCUGUCAUCAUUUACGCUUUGCUAUCAUAAAAUUACAAAUAUAGUUGCUCGAAUAGGUCCAAAAACUCCUUCAAAACACGCGAUUUUGUUGAACUGUCAUUUUGAUACGCUACCUGACUGCCCAGGUGCAACAGACGAUGCUGUUAGUUGUGCCAUUAUGAUCGAAGUAAUGGAGCUACUAGCGCGUUCAAACAGCACUUUGGAAAAUGAUGUAGUAUUCCUUUUUAAUGGAGCUGAAGAAAAUUUUCUUCAAGCUUCUCACGGAUUUAUUACUCAGCAUCCAUGGCGCCAUUAUAUUCGCGCUUUUAUCAAUCUUGAAGGCGCUGGUGCUGGUGGUCGAGAAAUACUGUUUCAAGCAGGACCAAAGAAUUCCUGGUUGUUACGAACAUAUUUGGAAAAUGUCCCGUAUCCACACUGUAGCGUUUUCGCUCAAGAAAUAUUUCAAGCAGGCAUUGUACCAUCGGAUACGGACUUUAGGGUUUUUCGUGACUUCGGUCACAUUCCAGGGCUAGACAUUGCUUAUUUUCGAAAUGGAUGGGUUUAUCAUACCGAAUUUGAUUUACCGUCUUAUAUUAAAAAAGGCUGUAUUCAAAGAGCUGGUGAAAAUAUUUUGGCUUUGACGAAGGUAUUCCUUAUAGCCGUUUUCAAAGCUAUUUUUCUUUUUAGGGCUGUUCAUUUUAUUAUGUUUAUCUCUUUGGCUCUCAUGUCAUCGCCUAAUUUGGAAAAACCCGUGUACGAUGAUAGCGGUGAAUUUGUUUUUUAUGACCUACUGGGUUUCUUUGCAAUAUUUUAUCCCGCGUCUUAUGGAGUUGUGCUCAAUUAUUUCACUGUUGCUUUGGUUCUUGGUAUAGUUCUUAUAAGAGUCCACAGUUGUAUUUAUGAGAUUCAUGACCUCUUAACUGCUUUUGUUCACCAUGCCAUUACUUCGGUUGCUAUGUUAGCUUUUGGGCUAAUAAUCGUGACUGUAGUAACGAAAAUGGGUUUGAUAAUGUGUUGGUAUAAAAUGCCUGAAUUGGUUUUCCCGCUGUACAUGUUUCCGCUAUUAUUAACCGGGUGUUCGGUGCAUAACAUUAUCGCCCAUCGCAGGAAGAUGCGUAAUGGAGAAAUGGUUCACUACGAUAGCAUGUUGGUAAUAUAUGCUGCUUUACUGGCGCUGACUACUCUUUCUGGUUUUGCCAGUUCAUUUUUCUUACUUAUUCACGUAAUAUUUCCCCUUUUACGUGAUCCUCUUUUAUAUGCACUUGGUAAAUUACGUAUUAUUCGAGUGAUUACUGUCGGGACGCUUCUGAAAAUACAGUUGUUAUGCACGUUACCAGUAAUGGUGUUUGGAGGCUAUGCAGUUAUGCUUCUUUUCGAGUUCUUCGUUCCAGUGACUGGCCGUCUUGGAAAUGCUGUUAAUCCUGAAUAUAUUGUCAUGUUAACCGCUUUUAUUACGACAACCAGUAAUUUAAUGUACGUGAGCAGACGUUUGGACUAUUUAUUAAAAUGUGGGUUCGCAUUAUUCAUUUUCUUUUUUGCGAUUUUAAUGACUACUAGCAUUGGCUGGCCGUACCACUAUUCUGAAGGUGCUCCUAGGUUGCGUCGUAUGAUUGCAUUGGACGCUAAACGAACUGUAUAUAGUUACAACAGUAAUAAAACGGAGAUCGAUAACGGUCUUUUCCUUCAGGCUUUUGAUUAUCGGGGGAUUAAUGAUUUCCCAGAACACGCUUUUCUCACAGGAAAGUCAAAGCCAGACUGCAGCGGGAUUCAAGACGAGUAUUGCCGGUUGCCUUACUACACUGCAAUUCAUGAACUUUUCCCUCCCGAGGAAUCGCGUUGGGUGCCUUUGCCAAACAUGCCUUAUAUAGAGAAUCCAUUAGAGUUGAUCUUAGUGAAUAAGCAAAUUGUUGGUCAAACAGGCGUUCGCUAUGAGCUUACACUGAAAGGAGGAUGUGAUAAAACUUCUUUACAUAUAACUCCUUUGAAUGGUUUUGCACUGAAGCAGUGGUCGUUCACUAACCUUGAUAUAGAAACGUUUGGAAAACGUCGAACUUAUUUUGUCUUUCUAAGCUAUGGCCGGAGCGCCCCAUCUGAACGGCGCUUUUGGAUCCUUCUUGAAACUAAUUUAAGCUCCGAUGCAGUUCCGUUUUUGGAAAUAUCUGCAGCAUCUCAUUACGCACACGGUCCACACCAAAACUCUGAUGCUCUGCGACAGCUUCGAAAUCUAAUUAGCUAUCAUAGGAGUAGUUUACAUUCUGCAAUAGGCAUGUGGAAGUGGGCAAGCACUAUGAUUGGAGGGGUCAGCGAAAUUAUUGUGCGGUCAUUCUGA